GAAUAUGAGUCUAAUCGACAAGCUAUCGACCACAUGCUGGCAGGAGGCGCAAUCUUGUAAUGAUCUCGAGUUCAAAGAAUACAUCAUCACGCGUUCUCAAAAGGUCGGAACCAACUACAAGUAUGCCGUCCGGGUCAAUGAUGACAGCGACGAUCCGCCAAAAAUAUUUCACUUAGAGGGAGGAAGCGAGAAGAAGGAUCCAUUGAAGGAAUAUCGAACCUUGGAACUGCUUGUGACGCGAGUGGACGAUAACAAGUUGUUCAUCACUGGUAUCAGAAACGGCCAAGAUUGUGUUUUGAAGAUCACGGAACCAAAGAUAUGAACAGUUUGUCGAGGACACUCUGUUGCUGUAAUAUAAUCGCUAUGUGUAGUGAGUAAAACUUGUGAAAUAGAACAAGACUUAUUAUUAAUAGUGCAUAUCAUAUCUCUGCAAAUGCUUGUUGUUAACUUUUAUGUCUGUAAAGUAAUGAGGUAGUUAAGAGGUACACACACUUGUUUAAUUUUACUGCUGUAGGUAUUUGCGUUAUUGCUGAAUGAAAAAAAAAGUAUAUAUAUUCUGGGAGCUAAAUUUUUUUUUUCGGAAACACUUCUAUACCAGGCGAGAUCGGUAAAAGGUCUAUAACUGAUUACGCCCUUUCUCUCUUAACGAGCCCCCUUUCUAUUACUUAAUUAAGCCCCCCUCUUUACUUAGCCUCCCUACAAUGACAAAAUCCUUCUAGCAAAGGUGACACGAUGUGAAA